AUGGACAGCGGCCUGAUAUCGGUGGACAAAUGGGCCUCCGGCAGCCAGGCCUACUUCCUCACCCACCUCCACGCCGACCACACCGCAGGCCUCUCCUCCUCCUGGCAGCGCGGCCUCCUCUACUGCUCCCGCCUCACCGCCAAGCUCCUCCCCUGCAAAUUCCCCGGCUUCGACCUCUCCCUCCUUCGUGUCCUCGACAUCGGUCCUUGGUACUCGCUCUCUCUCACUUUAAUUUCCUCUGGAUCAGCCUCCACUGUCUACGUCAAGGCCAUUGACGCUCACCAUUGUCCCGGUUCGGUUAUGUACUUGUUUCGAGGUGAAUUUGGCUGUAAGCUUUACACUGGGGAUUUUCGCUGGGAAAAAACGGGUGUCCGGGUGGAAAAUGCAAAGUCCAUGCUACUGGAUGCUCUAAAAAAUGACACGUUGGAUGUUUUGUACCUCGACAAUACAUAUUGUAACCCGACGUACACAUUUCCUUCUCGUGAAGUUGCUGCCCAGCAGGUUGUUGAUAUCAUCAAAUCUCAUCCAAAUCAUGAUGUCGUUAUUGGAAUUGAUUCAUUGGGCAAAGAAGAUCUUCUGCUCUACAUUGCACAUACACUGGACAUAAAGAUUUGGGUUUGGCCGGAAAGACUACAAAUCAUGCACUUGCUUGGAUUCCACAAAAACUUCACAACACAAACCUCCCUCACAAGAGUUCGUGCCGUGCCUCGUUACAGUUUUACCACCGAGACCCUCGAAAGUCUCAACACAGUCCGCCCGACCAUUGGAAUCAUGCCAUCUGGACUUCCGUGGGCCACAAAACAGAACACGAACCCUUUCGGGUCAUCUUCAGCAAAUGGUAAAAUGACUCACGAGCACAUAUUCGUAGUCCCAUAUUCAGACCACUCGUGCUUUCCCGAAAUACAAGAAUUUGUCGAGCUUCUGAGGCCGGUCCAUAUCAGGUCCAUCGUGUCCUCAGGUUCGUCGUGUUGUGUUGACCCGUGUUAUUACUUUGACCAUCUCUGUGGGGCCAAACAAGCGUUUUGGAGGGUACAAAGGCAGCUCGGAAAGGAGGAUGUGAUGGAAAGGUUUGAUUGUUUAAAGGAAAUAGCAGAAGUUACAACUUCGAGUGUGGUGCGCCGGAAGAGAAAGUUUGACCAGGUUGACUUUUUCGGUAUACGUGUGAGUAGGGUUAGCUUGUUGAGGAGGUCGAGCCGUGGUGUUAAGAUUGUGGACACCCAGUGA